UUUUAAUUCAGGGUUAUAUAUCAUAAGCUAGUGUAUAAUACCAAUUUGUGUAAAUAAACACGUGACGUACCUGAUUAUUUGUUGACUUGGAAGACCAAAGACUCGUCAGUGUGUCGUGUUAAUGUAGUGUAAUAUUGUGCGAGACAAAUAUGAUACAUUCUGCGGGUGAGGAAACUGUCACUGUAUGUGAAGCAAGCGUGCACUGUGUCCGUGUGAAGCAAGCGUGCACUGUGUCCGUGUGAAGCAAGCGUGCACUGUGUACGUGUGAAGCAAGCGUGCACUGUGUACGUGUGAAGCAAGCGUGCACUGUGUACGUGUGAAGCAAGCGUGCACUGUGUACGUGUGAAGCAAGCGUGCACUGUGUACGUGUGAAGCAAGCGUGCACUGUGUACGUGUGAAGCAAGCGUGCACUGGGUACGUGUGAAGCAAGUUUGCUCCGUGUACGUGUGAAACAAACGUGUGUUUUAUAUAACAAUAACACAAGUGAAGAUGAUAACAAUGCAAACAAUGAUCCACCGUCAGGAGGGCGGGGCGCCUCUCAGGAAGCCAGACAAAACCGUCAGGCCUAAUUCCAGCGGAAGUGUCAAGGGAAAAGGUAAACGUAAGGGCAAUAAGAAGAAGAAGGACGCUGCUGCGGGUGGAGACGACGCUAUCGGAGAGAUUUUCAUGGACGUGACCCAUCCUGGGGGCGACAAAGGUGUGGGCGAGUCCCGAGCAGUCGUAGCUCGCGAGUGGCUCUUGCUGAAGAACACGGAGAUGCAGGCGAUCCACCCGAUCAAGGCAGGUGAACGAGGCAUUUCAGGCAGCAGUCGCGCACGUGAAGAACCCGCACAUACUCCCAGUCUCGUCCCUGUCAGAAAAAAAGACGCCCGUCCUGCAAAGAACAACAAAACAAGAGACGCUAAUGGUAAUGUCAGAAUACUAAAGGAACCGCGUCCAAGUAUUCUGGAGGGCAGCCAUCUUAGAUUGUCUGCUGACAUGACUCCCAAAGCCAACAAAGGUGGCGCCGCAGACGACAGAGAAGAUCCUCUAAGAGUAACACCUCCCAUGGAUGUAUCACACGCUGGUGACAUCACUCUCAUUAGGGUACAACCACCGGACGAGGCAGUAGACGAUGCUGUUAACAGAGAUGGUCACACUCGAGAUAAGAGUAAAGUAUCUGACAACUACACCAAGAAAAGCAGUCGACAUGUGGUCUCAGAAGUGUCGUCCGGGGAUAGACGAGAACGAAAGAGCGGGGGCAAUAAAGUGACGAACGUGAAGCGCCACAGCUCUAGCCGGAGCACAGGUUCAGAGGGCAGCACCCUCCGUAGGAUACGACGACGAGGGAUGCACCACAGUAGCACCGCCACGCAGACCCCUCCAGGCUCUCAUUCAGAGCUUCGUAACUGUACAAUACCUCCAGACAACAAACGCGGCUCUUACAAGAGCCAUGAGGGUCCCGUUGGCGACCACCGGGGCCACGAAGACACUCACCGAAAAGAUCUAACAGGAAGUAUCCCUGGUGCGUCACUCCUCCUGAAACUGGUGUUGCCACGGGACAAGCGCACCAGCAGACAUUCCGGAGGCUCUCCUUCUCGUGAGGUGCCGCCCCCCGCCCCUUUACCAACACCUGUUCGAGCCCCGGCUUCUCCACCCCUACCCUGGUUCUGGUCUCCUCUCCGCCAUAUGGAUGGUGGAAACCUUCCACAGCCUCACCUGCCGCUGCCGAGAACACUGCCGCCACAACCAGUGCCCGGCUGCCCAGGGAUGGCUGCAGGCGGCGGAGAGGCUGAGGCAUUAAGGCUGAUGCCCUUUCUUCCGGAGGACGUCGUACCAUUCCCACCGAGGGCAGCACCGCCAGUGCCUCGCCAGAUACAAGGUGAUCAAAUGAGCAUCUCCAGCCUCAACAGCAGCCUCGCAGGACACACUUACGAGCAGGUGAACUUCGUUAUUGAACCUCCCAUAUCGGAAUACAGGGAAAAUGAGUAUGAACUAAGUAAAACGAUAGAUGAAAUGAACACUCAUCAUAUUGAUAAGGAGGACAAUCCCACUGAUGAUUCUGGUCCCAUGUCCUGGCGGCCCAGUGAUCACCCAGAGCCGGAGAUAAACGACGGAGGGACGACGAGACGCACCUCCUCCCGGAGAAAACGGAAAAAAUCGCGAUGUGCAGCGACAAUUACAGACGAUUCCCUGGUGAGCAACCUGCACCCCAAGUUCCUGUACAGCCAGGGUGUGGACGGGGUGGGGCGGCGGAUGUCUCUGGUGGAGGAGGGACGUCCAACACUGGCAGUGUUUCCCCCACAUUCCCCACCCUACACAUACACCUACUAUGGCCGGCGGCGGUCCACAGCCACCUGCAGCAACACCAGCAGCCUGGUCGGCGAGAGACACAUUGUGACACUGGAAAAACCCAUCACUCUUAUUUCUGAGACGAGAUUAGAACUGGGCAGUCGAUCAGUAUCUGCUUCGCCUCCGUCUGUGCAGCAGUCGAGCAGUCUUGAGGAGAGCCUGAUCGAGCCUCCAGCAGCACCCGUCACACUAGCAGACAGCAGGGACGCGCUCUUCAUACAUCGGCUACUAAACCUGGUCAACCAGGACGGCGCGCACAACGGCGCCCCUGACUCUGAUGCUUCAGGUCCGCGUCACAGAAAUCGCCGGCGGGGCGUCUACGUCCCCGUGGACACGGAAUCUGACACGGGCGUGACAUCCGAGCCCGAGCCCAGCAGAGAGCCUCAGACGACCUCCAGCCCAGAGUGCCAUCUUCAAGGGGAGAGACUGAGCUCGAGCGGGAGCACGCAGUCGUUGUCUGGUCAGGACAAGGGCUUGUGCCCGCUUCACGGCACCAGUAUACCCUACCAGGUCGGCUUGGCACCGGCGCUACAGCGGAGACGGUUUCGUCGGGCGUCCCUCCCGGCUCAAGUUUCGCCCGAACCACGACCUUCAUUUUUCCAACGUCUGCGGCGGUCGCUCCGAAGGAGCCGGAAUAUUGAGCCACUCAUAGCCGAGUUGCCGAGCCCUCUGGAGCUGAUGAGCCAGACUGUGGACGCUGCGCCCUCUCCAGCCUCUGCGGAGCCACGCCCACUCCCAGGGGUCACCUGCUCUUGUCCGGACCCUGUACAAGACUUCCGUCGCUUCCGGCCACGGAUUGGCUCAGAGGUGACGGUGAUGAGUAGCGACGAGGAGGACAGAACACAGCGACCUCCCACUCCACAGGAUGGUUGCGAGCGCUGGCGCGUGGAGGGCGAGGUGUGCCGCCUGCAGGAGGCCCUGGGCCAGCGUCUGGGCACUGCGGCCAUGAUGGUGAGGCGACGGGACCACCGCCUCCACACCAUCAACACCAUAGAGAAGACCAUCCAGCGCCUCCAGCAGGAUACGCUACGCAACAACUACAACAAUAUCCAGGAACACCAGAGGUCCUCCUCGCCCACGCCACACCCGUCCGACAUCAUGGACGCCGUGAACGCUAACCAGCUCCAAGAUGAUGAUGCCACAACAGACGACAUCAGUGAGAUCCGUGAAAUGGACUCGCUUCAGUCUGACACCCUCCACUCCAAUGAGGGAGAUGCCCAAACCAAAGGGAGACCUCCUCUCACUAGUCAAGAUUCUAAUGAGAUAGAGUCUCCAACUGACACUCUGCUGCAACAGCACCAGUUUCCCACUGGAAUAAUGCCUCCAGCCAUUGAAGCAGUGCUAAGGGGUACCUGGCCUUUUGAGAAAGCUCUGUGGCACUCUAGUCCAGCUUCAAUGGGGAUGCCAUAUAAAAAUAACAAUCAGGAGGUACCAGGGAUUAUGGCAACUUCAAGUGUAACAAACAGACGUGCCCAGAGUACUCAGCAACUCCUUACAAACAAGGUGGAGAUGGUGUAUGGUCUCCUUUCCAUGUUUUCCUCGGGUGACCGUGAUGACAUGAGCCGCACACUUCUGGCUAUGUCUUCGUCCCCCGACUCUUGUGUUGCCAUGAGGCAGUCUGGCUGCCUACCCUUACUAAUUCAGCUGCUUCAUGGCGGUGACGGAGAUAUUGCACCUACGAGAGAGACCCGGCUCAGAGCUGCACAAGCCCUCCACAACAUUGUCCAUUCCCACCCGGACGACAAGAGGGGACGAAGAGAAGCCAGAGUGUUAAGAUUACUAGAACAAAUUCGGGAUUACUCGGACUAUCUUUAUGAACGAUUGGAACGAACAAGUGCGGGUCGUGGUCCACUUUUAGAAGAUGACAUGGACCGGCAUCCAUGUCCCGCCAUGGCUGCCUUAAUGAAGCUUUCAUUUGAUGAGGAUCAUCGUCAUGCUAUGUGCACACUAGGUGGACUACAUGCUAUAGCGGAACUCAUCAGACGAGAUCAUGAUGGUCAUGGCUCCACUACUUCAGAUCAGUAUUGCAUAACUUUACGAAGAUAUGCAGGAAUGGCAUUAACCAACCUAACAUUUGGAGAUGGCACAAACAAGGCUCUACUGUGCUCCUUCCGGUCCUUCAUGAGGGCACUUGUAUCCCAGCUCCAUUCUCCUAGUGAAGAUCUUAGACAGGUAACUGCCAGUGUACUGCGCAAUCUGUCAUGGAGAGCAGAUGGAGCAAGCAAAGCAAGUCUAAGGGACGUAGGAGCAGUUGCAAUUCUGAUGCAGGCUGCCCUCUCUGCACGGAAAGAAUCUACACUCAAGGUUAUUUUGUCUGCAGUAUGGAAUCUUUCUGCACACUGCAGCAUUAACAAGGCUGAAAUAUGUGCAGUGGAUGGAGCUCUAGCAUUUAUCUGCAGCACACUUACCUACAAGUCACAGUCCAAAACCCUAGCCAUUGUAGAGAAUGGAGGUGGAAUACUCAGGAAUAUUUCUAGUCAUAUUGCUGUCAGAGAAGAUCUUAGGCAAGUACUGAGGGAACACAGUACACUGAACACAUUAUUAGGGCAGCUACGUUCACCAAGUUUAACAGUGGUGAGCAAUGCCUGUGGAACACUGUGGAACCUCUCAGCAAGGUGUAGUCAAGACCAGCGGAUGUUGUGGGAACUUGGCGCCGUUCCCAUGUUGCGAUCACUGAUUAACUCAAAGCAUAAAAUGAUAUCUAUGGGGUCUAGUGCUGCUCUGAAGAAUUUACUGCAAGCACGGCCUGAGGGAAUGUCUUUGACAGACCCUCGUCAUGGCAUGGGUCUGCCAUCCUUACAAGCACGUAAACAGAAAGCUCUUGAACAGGAAUUAGACCCCUCACUCUCCGAGACAUGUGAUAACAUUGAGACUUCACCACGUUCCUCACCAACUCAUCCUCAAGGUACUGACCCUCAUUUUUAUGGUCAGCCAGGUGAUGCUUCACAGUACUAUCCUGGUACUAGACCUAUGUUCCAUUCAUUAGGAACACAAUAUAAUAAUGUACUAAGAUCUGAAAGCAGGGACUCUAUAUCUUCAACCCACUCCGAUAAUUCGCAUGACCGAAUGAGGCAGUUAUUAAUGCGGCAUCAUCAAAGUGCUCGUGAAGGCAUUGGGGAGAACGGUAGACCUCUAGAUUUGUCACUAAGAUCUAUGGCUCCUCCAUCACAUUGUGUACCAGAUAUUGCACAUAUGAGUCAAGAAGAAUUACAAAGACACUUGGAAUCCAAAGAAUUUAAUGGAAGUGCUGAUGAGAUUUUUGCUUCACGUGUAAGGAACAUGAAAGAUGUAUAUGGUCGUCCAUCAAGUGAAUCGAUGCCUUUUAGUGAUGGCAUUGCUGGUAGUGCUAAUGGUAACCGAAAUGGGUCAUUCCAUGCCUCAGGUCCACAACCUCCAUACAGUCCCCGUAGGAGGUCAUCAAAUACAAGUGAGGAUGAAAGAAGUGGGACUGGAAGAAAUUUUGUUAACGGCAAGCAACAACAACAACCUCAUAAUGAAGCUCAUUAUAAUUAUUACAGCAAGUAUGUGAACUACAGUCGAAAUCUAGCAGAAGUAGACAUCGAAAACGAUGCCCAAGAUGAGCCACUCAAUUAUAGCCUCAAGUGUGGAGCAGGAACAACAAUGAAAACUCCAACAAAUGAAUCAAUGGCUAACAUGUCACAGAGUACUGAAAGACCAGUACCUCAAAUUGAUAAUUAUGUGGUAGAAAGAAGAGAGACGCGAAAAACUGAAUCGCAUCCGGAGUCAGAGAGAGAUCCAGAGAGCUUCACUGGUUACACGGAAACAGACCUUGACCAGCCUACGAACUUCAGUCUAAGGGUGCGUUCUUACAGGUAUUCCGAGGAACGUGAUAGUGAUGAAGCUGCCUUGUACCGGCGCCCUCCCAAGCCUCCUCAAGAACCCACUUCUCAGUUCUUUGAGCCCUCCAUACAUGAUGACUCGAUCAAGACCUACUACACUGAAGGUACUCCUUAUGAAACCCCAUACAAUUUUUCCACUGCUACGUCCAUGACAGACCUGCGGGAACCAGCCAUCAAAGAGAUCGAGAGAGAAGGCUCAUCAGCACCUCGUAUUGAUGAAAAGAAGAAGAAAGAAAAGGAAGGUAAGGUUGAAAGCCUAAAAAAGGUAGAAGAUAUAGAUGAUCCCGGGGACACGCUGGAGCCACUCCCAUCCCACAUCGGCCUACCAGUUAAAAGUGGUCUCAGCUCUGGCAUGAUGACCCCAGACAAACCUAUUACAUACUGUGUUGAAGGAACACCUGUUUGUCUUUCAAGAUUCUCAUCAGUUUCUUCAUUAACAAGUGGAGAAAUCAAUGCUAAUAAUGACAGGGAUGGACUUAUGGGAGAGUUGUCAGAAGAUGGGGAACACAAACCUCAAGAUACAAGCAGUGAGGACAAGAAGGCCAGACAGGAGGAGGCCCAAGGAGAGGAAUUAGAGGAUGCUCACAGAGAUGGAAGUCACACGCCUUCAUCCCAACAGCUAGAGAGACCAGAGGGAAAGAGCGUGCACUAUGAGGAAACACCACUCAUGUUCUCUCGGGCCACCUCUGUCUCAUCACUCAGCAGCUUUGAAGUUCAGUCCAUCCAUGAUGACCGAAGCUCUGUUGUCUCCGAUUUCAGUCGAUUUACCAGUGGUGCAAUAUCCCCAAGUGACCUUCCAGACUCCCCAAAUCAUACAGUCCCACCAAGUCCUAAGAGGUCUCGCCCUCCUUCACAACCAUUUAAACCAGCACCGGCCCAAGGUCCCAGAACCAGUACAGGAGUGUUUAGUGAGGCUCCAAGAGCAUGGGUAGAGGAAGGCACUCCAGUUGAAUUCUCUCGAGCCACUUCCUUAUCAUCCCUUACAAUUGAUGAUGAUCUACCCUUAAUGGAUGAUGGUGUCCCAAGGGUGUACACUUCUCAUCCUUCAAAGGACCGGUUAAGAGGAGACGGCAAAGACAGCAGUGACACAACUGGUAGCGAGGCUUCACGUACUACAUCUCGUGGAUCCCAGAGAGGGAUUCCUCUACCUUCUUCUAAUAUUCCAAGACUCCAUGGACAGGAACAUGAGGAUCUGAAUGCGUCAGCUCGAGAAGUAGACCAAAUUGACGGUGGUAGAGAGAGUUCAGAAGAAUUGGGACGAGUUAGGUCACGUGAACACUCUCAGAACAGGUCAAGUACUCACUCUGACUCUGAGAGUGAAGACCUAUUGGCCGAAUGUAUCAGCUCAGGCAUGCCAGACAACAUACGGCGGAAGAAGCAGCAGUACAGUGAUCGAGGAACAUCUCGUAUUGCCCAACCAAGUAGUCGUGUACGCGGCUCGGGCAUUCCAGUUGUAAAGGCCUCCAACCUGCCUACCCAGAUACCAAGUGGCCCCGCCCACAGCCAUGCCCAACAGGGUGUUGGUGGUGGGGUGUGGGGGGGUGACACCCUUCGCACAUACUGCACGGAAGACACACCUGCCAGCAUCUCUCAUGCUGCUUCCAUAUCUGACCUUUCCCAAAUCUCCAUCCCGGGUGAGGAGCCUACAAAGGAACGACAUCCCUCGGGUCUGCGACCUAGUCUUAACGACUCGGGUGAUAACUCGUCAGAUAAUGACAAUCUUUUGGAGCAGUGUAUCCAGUCUGGAAUGCCCAAGGCUCGUCCAGGUGUUAAAGUGAAAGAAGUAAAGCUGAGUGUGAAACGUCAUGGGUCUGGCCAUUUAUGUUCUCAUGGAGCACCAACUGCAGCAGUUCCUCCCUUGGCCUCACCUCGGCACUCUCCUCAUCACCGCCCUGUUCCAGUGGCUAGGGUCACUCCUGCUGUCAAAGUGGGAGGAGCUCGAGUUUCUCCACGCCCUCCACCUGCCCUGGAUGAAACCUCCAGUGAUCAAAUGCGUAUGUGGGCCAUAGAAGGUACUCCAGCAACCUUCUCCCGUGCAGAUUCGCUCUCGUCACUUAGUUGUGAUGAUGAGGCCAACAGAGCCAGUCGAGAUCCAAGCCCAAGGACACCAGUAUCCCCAAGAUCCCGAACCCCACAGUCCCCACAGCCACAAACACAAUCUCCACGUCCGAGAACACCACAGUCUCCACAUAUGCAAAGGUCUAGAAAAUCGCAGAUGCAGCGUAGGGGACAGGAAGUAGAUGGGGAAAAUGAGGUGCCUCGGCAGUUUGCUGUUGAGGGCACUCCAGGUGUAAUAUCUCGACACUCUUCUCUUAGCUCAAUUGAAGGUGGAGAUGAAAGUGUUGUUAUACAGGCACCUAGUGCACCACAAGCAGGCAGUGUUCGAAACUAUGGAGUGGAAGAUACACCAGUGUGCUUUUCUAGAAAUUCAUCAUUAAGUUCUCUUUCGGUUGAUUCUUUUGGAGAAGAGACAACCCCAACUGAACAAGCAUUACUUCAGCAGUGCAUUAGUCAAGGUAUGCCUAAAAGUAAAUCAGAUCUUGAAAGUCGGCGCCGACGUCGAGGCGGUUCUCGAAUCCCUGCUCCCUCUUCACGAUCACCAGCACGUCUUGUACCAGGUGUUCCCAUGCAGCGACUUACACUGUGUAGAGAUGAACAUACUACUACUACUACUCCAAAAAACGUGGGGGCGAUGGCGGCAGCUGUGGACGAUGUGGACACAGACGCCGUCAUGCCCAUGCCAGAUGCAGAGAGUUCCAAGCUACACACAGAUUCAGAACAGAACGAGAAGAAUGAGCGUGUAACUAAGCAUGAAGAAAGUGAAGUGGAAUAUAAGGAGGAAGAGGAGGAGGAGGAGGAUGAGGAGGAUGAAAGUGCCACAGAACAUUCAGAGGCAGCAACUACAGCAGAACUUGGCCAUCCUAGAAGUGAGGUGACAAGUGAAGGGAGUGGUGCCACAGUUGUAACUCAUCCACUGGCAAAAGAAGAAAAAUCACCUGAAGAACACGAACCACGUGUCAGUGAUGGAUCGGGAGAGGGUAUUGGAUCAUCUCCUGAAGACAAGCAUUCUUGGGUUGAACAUAGAAAUUCUGCAGAUAAAUCAUCUCCCUCUGAAGGUAGAGGCUCAGAUACAUCUGUGACAGCCUCAAUGUCAGAGUCAGGCUUGUUAGCUAUAGAAGCAAUGAAAGUGGCUAGGGCUGUUGCAAGUGAAGCUAAACUUCUAAGUAGUGAUGAAACAUCCCAUAUGUCACAUAGUGUAACUAGUGCUGCCUCUGAUGCUUACCUUGAUAAUAUAAAACCUCCAUCAGCAAUGGGAAGCUUAGCUUCAAUGUCAAAUAGUCUGACAAAUAGUACAGAGGAACCGCGAGGUGCUCGUUCCAAUAACCGCCGUCUGGAAUGUCGUCACACUCGUCGAGUGCCAGAAAUGGUUCGCCGUGCUCUUGGGGAUCAAGAUUAUGGUUCCACUGAGAAUAUGGCAAGCAUGGCUAGUUCCUGUCACUCAAAUGUAGACAAUAUCCCACCUCCUUCUAUGCUAGAUGAUGAUAUGGAAAAUUCCAUGAUUAGUGUUGCAUCUAUUACAUCUGAAGUAGCAGAACAAAGAGAAUCUCCACCAUCACCUCCAGCAGAUCACACUGCACAAGUAGCUGCUCCAGCACGCCAGCUAGCAGCUAUUUUCCAGAGGGAGGCUCUGAAUGCUGCUUCAACACUCACUCUAACUGGUGGGGAUGAAGCUUCAACUUACCAGGAAAUCACAGAUAUAACAGAACAUGAAGAGACCGUUGGUCCUGCAAGUGACACAGAAAUGGCUGCUGAUGAUUUACCAUCUGAUAUUCCUGAUUUACCGCAAGAUGGGUUUUCUUCACUUUGUGGAUCUGCACAUGCUUCACCUAAUAGACAGGGUACACCACGUUCUCGCAGACACAUGGCGAAAGACCGAUUCCGUACUUUCACUCGAGGUGAUGGAGAUGUUUCUUCUGAUGCUGCUACUUCUCAGGACACAGACCCAACAUUAGUUGAAACCCUUCCCUCAUCACCACUGGUGGGACGCACUCCUAAGCAGCGACGUCAAGAAGAUGCUGAACGUUUCAGAACUCGAACAAUAUCAGAGAGCACUGGGCAACAAAAUAUUUCCACUGAUACCGCUCCUUCUACAGAUGAAAAAGACAAAGUCAGUCCUCGAAAAUCACCCAAAGAUCGUCGCCAGCAAGACCCCAGUCGUUUCCAAACACAUACUAUCAGUGAAGUGCAGGUUUCACCAGAGGCAACACCUGAAGCAGCUGCUAUAAAAAUUGAAAACGAUGAAACAUCGCCCUCUUCACCAUCAAAGCUGCAGGGCAGGCAGUCAUUUAGGCAAAGACGGCAAGAAGACAGAGAGCGAUAUCAGACCCGUACCAUAGAUGUACCAUUGGCAGAUAUUACACCUGAACCAACAACUGAAGACGAAGGUAAUAAGGAAGAGGAUGGCGCAUUAGUUGAUUUUCAGGAUAGUAAUGAAAUGCUUGAUUUAACAGCUGAACAACUUGAGGCUUUACAGCAGGAUGCUAAUAUUGUCAUAUGUACACUGAAUGAAACUCGGGAAGCAAUGACUAGUGAAUCUUCAGAUCUUCUUAGUGAAGAAAAUAUAUUAGAUAUUGAAACUCUUAGCUUAAUUUCAAAUGAAGAUGAAUCAGAGAUGAGAAAUUUUCUUAGGGACUUUGAUGACGCUCCACCUGAUAAAAGUAGUAGUGAUGAAGAGGAUGAGGAGGAAGAAAGGCAAGUUAUACGACGUCCACGGAUUGUAAAGCCUGGUGAGGAGCCUGCACGUGUACAAGAAGAAGAAGAACCUGCUGGAAAAGCCAUCAGAGGUCGCAGAAAACCAUUAUAUUCUAGUGGCAAAAAAUAUAAUGCUAUACCGACUAAACCUACUUCAAAUUCUACUGCAAACCCAGUAAGAACAAUUCCAGUAAGGCCAAUGCCUGCCCGUCCUAACUCUGCAUCCCCAGUAAAACCAUCUUCCCCAAAACUUCCUCGGGCAACAAGAGCAUCUGCAUUACGCCAUACUUCAAACCUUCAAAAAGGGGGUAGCAGUGGAGAGGACAGUCCAACAGGAAGAGUAACAGGAUCCUCAGCUGGUAGCAGUGCAGGAUCCAGCCCUCGUUUGGGUCCAGGGUCCCGUAACAAUAUUGUUCGACCAGCUCGAUCAAAAUCUCUAGCAAGACCUGGUCCUGAACCUCCUAGACCUUUGCAUCGUCAAAAUACAUUUACAAAAGAUGACAGUGAUACACCACAAAGUCCAGAACACAAUAUUCCAGCUGAAACUAAAAGAUCUAUCCCCUCUACUAGAGGGCUUUCCAAACCGAGGUUAAGGCGAGAUAUUGUGCAACCUAGUCCUUCUGUCACACAACCAUCCAUGGGCGUUCGCACUGGUAUACCAAAAAGUGGCAGUCAAGAUUUAAGUCCAACUAGAGGUCGACCUCCACAACAUAAAUCAACUAGCUUGACACGUGAUGCUCGCCCACCUACUUCCUCUGAUUUGGCCGAGUGGCGUAAUGAUAUUCCUAAAAAGACAAAUGUGAAAAAGGAGGUUACAAGUCGAAUUGCUAAUUUGUGGAAGAAAGUGGAACGUGCACAAGCUAAACCCAAGGAGAAAGAAAAAGACACUCGUUUGUGGAUACAGCGUCCUAAAUCAGCUGCGAAGGAAUCCUCACCUCAACCCCUGGUACGUAGCUCUACCUAUGAAAAGCUUCCUGUUAAUGGAGGGAAUAGUGGAAAUGGUGAUAAUGGAAAAGGCAGAACUCGUUUAGGACUCAAACUAGCUAAAUUAAGGGGCCGAGAUACUCGGUCUUCACCUCCUUCAGAAGCCACUACUCCAGUUGAUCCUCGACCUCACUGUCUGGUAAGCCCAACACGUUCUCGAAUAGCUGGAGUGAGUGGCCGAUUUUCAGAAACGGUGCAACUUCGCCAACGACCAGCUACCCAUCCUCCAGGUGUGCAUGUAGGUCAGUUGGAAGAAGAUAGUGAAGCUCGGGCAAAACGACUGUCUCGCCUUGGUUCUUUCAUUGUAGUGGAAGAGGAUGGGCGAGUACGGUCUCCACCACAGUCUGCUAUUGUUCCUCCAUUCAAUUAUCAGCCACCUGUUACACCAAAAGUACGAUCUGCUGUUGCCACACGUAUACCUCAGCCUUCCAAAUCAUUACUUUCCAAUGCACCUUGUGGCCGUGAUGACAAUGGAAAUGCUGCUGACCCAUCAGUAGUAACAGGAACAUGGCGACCCUGACCCAACCCCCCGCGCCAGACAAAUCAAGCCCAGGAUCCCCAAAUACCAAUGGGGCGCGGGGGUGGGGGGCACCAGAGACGUUGGGCCAGAAGGCCUGUGUGAUCCUAAAUAAUUUAUGUUCUCUAAUUUACCAAACACGUGUUUAUGUUCCACAUAGCCAUAUAAUGUUGUAUGUAGGAGAUGGAUACUCAGUAUAGGUAGUUACUGGUGGUUGUUGUAAGCACCAUUUACUACCAUGAUGCCCUUGUAAGGGUUUCCAAAGUGGGCCCAGGUAGGCUGUACCCAUCACGCCACAUGCAAGGCCAGACUCGUAAGCUGUUCCUAUUUGUAUAUACUCUGUCCUAUUAUACACAUUUUAGUCAAGCAUUUCUAUUUUUUAAAAGUGCUUAUUCAUAGAAGAUUUAUUUUCUCAGUAUUUUAGUGCAUUUUCUUGUGCAUAUAGUGUUUGAUUCUCUGUUGUCCAUUGCCACUUGUUUCUGAAUAUGGAAUAGUUCUCGAGCCUGACAUUUGCCUUAACCAGAUUCAUGGUCGUGUUCAGUAUCUGAAGGAAAACCGGUAGAUGACCAGAGUACACAAUACAAGCCCAAGCCCCUCCUCACCUUGUUUAACCCAUACUGCCGUUAAGCAAGACAUGCGUCCAGGAACGUACCCUUUGAGAAAGUAGCCUGGAAAGUCAUCUCGUGGGUUAGUAGGUACAGCAUUACAAGAACAAUAUACGAUGCAUUUAUGAGUUUUCAUUUUCUUCCUCUAUCAUCGGUUAACAGAUAGAGGUACUGUUCUUUGAUUUUUGUGGUCUUAAAUUUUAAUAAAUUAUUUAUUCAGUAUUAGAAUUUUGUAUAUAGAAUUCCUUUUUUAUACACUUAUCAUGCCUUGUAUUUUUCAUUAUUUUUAAUAAAGAAGAUUUAAUUUUGUCAUCGCCCAUUUCAUCUCCCAUGUUGCAAAGUAAUUGGAAAUCAUUCACAGUACAGCCAUAAAUAUGAAGCUAUUCUAAUGUAUGAAGUUCAGUGAUGCUAGCUUUUGCCAUGCUUUUUGCUAAGAGUGUGCACCUUAUAUCUAAUAAUAAUAUACAGUAUACUUAUUCUCAAAUCAUUAAAUAAUUCAUGGACUUGUCAUGGUUAGCUUUUUCAUAAAAUCAUGUUAUGAAACCGAUUACCGAGUCUUGGGUUUGAAUCAUGUUGACUCAAACACUGGGCUUCUGUUUCAAGGGUUCAAUAUAGAAAUGCAACUAGUUCACUGCACAUAUCCUACAUAUUGUAGUACCACAUCUGUUACGUGACAGCUUGAGAUCCUGCAUUGUUAACUUUUUUUAAUAGAUAACCCUUAAUUUUUUGCCAAUUUUUACCAGUAUAUUUUUUGUUGCAAUAAUACCAGUUAUCAAAAUUAACAAUCAAGAAUUUUAUUAAAUUCAUGAAAUAUGUUCAAUGAUUAAUUUUUUCAACCAAUUGUGAUGAAGUCUUCCAUCAUUUUGUAAACCAUGUUCAAUGAACUCUGGGGUAAAUAUUGAUGAAAACAGCUUAACAUUGCAAAAUAUGUAACGGAUAAUUAUUAGUGUCUAGUCACGUGUCAAGAUUAUGUUCACAUAGAGUAUAAUAACUUAAGGUCUAUUGUUUAGUUAAAUGACAUACUUAUAUUGAUAACUGAGCAGGUAAUGUUAUAUGUGCCAUAAUAGUAUUGUAUGUUAUUUAAAAAUUGAAACUUAUGUUUGACAAUGGUUAGAAACUCAAUUGGUUACUUGCCAAUAUUUCUAUAGUAGUGUCAGUAAUAGUAGCAAGCGAUCAUUAUUAACUGUACAUAGAUUUUUUAAUUUUUUUUUUAGGGCCUGGUGCAACAUGUUCAUUAUAUUUAAAAUUUUUAGAUUUUCUGCUUCAGACAUUUCACAGAUCUGAUGAAUGGGACUUGUGUCAAGUUUCUGAUAUACAGUAUAUUAUUUACAACUAAAUUUAUUCUAUGGCUAUUAUUAGUAUGUAUAUUAUAAAGUCUUAAUUGUGUAUAUUCCAGAUCAAGAUAUAACUAGUUCACGAUUUAUGCAAUCCUGGGAAAGGAAAGGUCCUUAUGACUUAGAACUUAGCUACUUUCCCUUUUCUUCAGGAAAUACUUAAUGUUGAUACUCUCAUACUGAUAAUGUACUUCAUACACAUGAAUUAGUUAAUGAGCUAAACAUUGCCAAUAUUAACUCCUGUAACAGCGUAUUUUAUAUAUUAUAUUUACAGUAUAUAUAAAAAUGAAAUGGUUAAACACAAGUAACAUUAGAAAAAUGUUGUUGAACAUGUUAUGGCUGUACUGAGGAUGCUUCUUAGGGUCAUGUGUGGACACAUUAAGUAUAGUAGUGGGAAUAAAGGUGUGAUAAAAAGAUAGCAGACGAUUGAGCCAAAAAAAAAAAAAAUGUGCAAUGCGUUCUGCAGGGCCGUCUACAUUAGUAUACUAAUGUGAUACAGGUACAUGCAGAGCACAAAUUCUCCCCAGAUUAUUAGUCAAAACUACACAUGCUUUGUUAAACUUAAUUGUUAGCAUGUCAUUUUCAAUAAUAUUUUGACUAUUUAGUAUUCAAGCUGAUUUGCAUAAUUUUAUGGUUGUAAAUCUGCAAAAUUUUAUUAGCUGGUCUGGCAUGUAUGUUAAUGUGUAUUAACUAACUCACCCUACAAACAUUGACAAAGAAGAGCUAUUCAAAAGACAAUUUUGAAUUGACGUUCGGUUCUCUGAUAAAUUUCCAAAGUGGUUAUUAUUAAGCUAAUUUUUUGUAAGGUCAAAUUCUAAAGUGUGUCUGGUGGUCUGGGGAGGUCGUUGCAGCUGCCACAUCGUCAGGGUCGUCUAGAGUAGUUACUCCAGACUGGACUGCUGGAAGAGUGGGGGCAACAGACCUUGUCUGUUAAUUAAAAGCUAUGGCCAAGUCUAUAUUUACAAAAUAUGUUUCAGUGUCAAAUACUGUUACUGAUCAGUUUAUCUCCUUCCAUUGCUUUGAUUGAGUUCAAAGAGUAAUGUUUGUCUUGUGUGCAACGUAUGUCCCAUAAUAACUUUUGCUUUUCGUAAUGUAUCUUCACUGUACCACCAUUUCCAUUACCUUCAUUUAACCAUAAUUAACAUUCAUAUGAUAGUUUUCAGUUCUAUGUUCCCUUUAGUGUUAGAUUCAGUGUGAAUGAUCUUAUAAACUAAGCGUUUCUCAUGGACCAGUAGGUAUAAUGGUAUCAGGUAAAGUGCUAACAUAUUUUAAUCUUUUAAUUUUUGACUAGUUGUAUAAAGUACACUGACGGCAUGUCUGCUGGUGGUGGCAAGGGAGAGGUGGUAGCGAGGCUUGUCCGUGGGUGAUGGGUACAGUAAACUCACUCUCCUCCUCGUCCCUGAAUGCAAUAUCCAACUCUUCCUCAUUAUCAUAUGGUUUAAUAUAGUAUUAUGAUAAAAUUAAAUACUUGUAUGUA